GUUACUACUUCUGGUGUUAGGAUUUUGUUUUAAGGCCUUUACAAGUUGCAGUAAUGUAUUUCAUUGUUCUGAGACUUUUAUUUUGACACACAUUCCUAGAUCUCACAUUUCUUUACUGGGUGGGUCCUGAAAGUUUGCCGGGCCAAGAGGAAACAAAUAAAAGUUUCUAGCGAUCAACACUGUGAAAAAUAUUAGGUGAAGUUAUAAUGCUCGUUCAAGCGCACAGUUUCGCAAUGCCGGGAUUCAUCCAAUGGCAUUGAGGAGUAUACCACCUCAGUCACCGGCUUCAUAAAUAAGUGCAUCGAUGACGUCAUCACCACAGUGACCAUACGUACAUAUCCCAACCAGAAGCCAUGGAUUACAGGCAACAUCUACACCGAGCUAAAGGCUAGAGCUACCGCUUUCAAGGAGCGGGACACUAAUCCAGAUGCUAUGCCCUCAGACAAACCAUCAAACAGGCAAAGCGUCAAUACAGGACUAAGAUUGAAUCCUACUACACCGGCUCUGACGCUCGUCAGAUAUGGCAGGGCUUGCAAACUUAUGGACUACAAAGGUAAACCCAGACACGAGCUUCCCAGUGACGCGAGCCUACCAGACGGGAUAAAUGCCUUUUAUGCUCGCUUCGAGGUAAGCAACAAGGAAGCAUGCAUGAGAGCACCAGCUGUUCCAGACGACUGUGUGAUCACGCUCUCCUUAGCCGAUGUGAGCAAGACUUUUAAAUAGGUCAACAUUCACAAGGCCGCAGGGCCAGACAUAUUACCAGAAUGUGUACUCAGAGCAUGUGCGGACCACCUGGCAAGUGUCUUCACUUACAUUUUCAACCUCUCCCUGACCGAGUCUGUAAUACCUACACGUUUCUAGCAUACCACCAUAGUCCCUGUGCCCAAAAAUGACUACCGCCCCAUAGCACUCACGUCGGUAGCCAUGAAGUGCUUUGAAAGGCUGGUCAUGGCUCACAUCAACACCAUCAUCCCGGAAACCCUAGGCCCACUCCAAUUCGCCUACCGCCCCAACAGAUCCACAGACGAUGCAAUCUCAAUCGCACUCCACACUACCCUUUCUCACCUGGAAAAAAGGAACACCUAUGUGAGAAUGCUGUUCAUUGACUACAGCUCAGCGUUCAACACCGUAGUGCCCACAAAGCUCAUCACUACGCUAAGGACCCUCAGACUAAACACCUCCCUCUGCAACUGGAUCCUGGACUUCCUGAUGGGCCACCCCCCAGGUGUUAAGGGCCAAGUGAGAUGGAAGACAUGUAGACCAGCUCCCUUUUUGACAGCCAAACCCAACCGCGCCCUCAUAGAUGAGCCGAUUACCCUAGAGGGACGUCACCUCCCCCCUCACUCACCUAUUACGGUGUGUGCCCGCAUGCAUAACGAGGACGGUGACCUGUGGGAAGCGUUUUCUCACUACAACACAGAUGGGAGGGGUGUCGUCAACUUGACCAGGGAUGAGUCUGUAGGGGGCUCCUAUGUGGGCUGUGAGCCCAUGGGACUAUUCUGGGCCCUGCAGCCUGCACCUGGAGAGAGAGAGGGUCUGAGGCUGCGGAAGAAAAAUGUUGAGACUCCGUACUCUGUACAGUUGUCCUUAUUAGAGGGUCACAUUCCGGUUCCAUCCAGUCAUGGUUCCAACAAGGAGCAGCAACAGAGAGGGGAACAGGAGCUGGCUGCAGUGACUGUGGAACGCUGGUACAUGGCACCAGGGGUCCGGAGAAUAGAGAUCCGGCAGAACGGAGUAGUGGGGACCUUGUUCUUACCCCCAGGUCCAGGUCCAUUCCCAGCCAUGAUGGACCUGUGGGGUAUGGGCGGGGGGCUGAUAGAGUACCGCUCAGCCCUGUUUGCUUCCCGAGGCUUUGCCAGUCUCUCCCUGGCCUACUUUGGCCAUAAAGACAUCCCUGGUCCACUCAACACUAUCAAGGUGGGAGAUGCCUACUUUAAGACUGCGUUCCAGUUUCUCCAGGACCACCCCCAGGUGUGUGGGGACAGGAUGGGGGUCAUGGGCCUCUCGUUCGGGGUCUACCUGGCUCUGCGAAUCGCCACUCAGAUUGAUGUCAAUCCCCGGUGUGUGAUCGGAGUCAAUGGUCCAAUAGGAAGUUUCAACAAACUCUCGGACAGCGACGGCAUGACAGAAAGCUUUGAAGGGGAUCAGAAGCACUGGAGUUACGAUGAAGAGGGCUACGUCAGUUUCAGAGAAGUGUCCAUGCCCAACAACAUUCCACCUGAGAACAAAGCAAAUGUUGAAAACCUGUGCUGCCCCCUACUGUACAUUGUGGGUGAAGACGACUUGAGCUGUGCAGCUAUUGAGAACGCAGAUGAGAUUGAGAAGAAGAUUAAAGAUGCUGGUAGAUCCCACCUGUUCACCCGCCUGUCAUAUCCCGGUGCUGGUCACCUGAUUGAGCCGCCCUACACCCCCAACUCCCGAGCCUCCAUGUGGACCACACAACCCAAGAAACUUAUCACUCUCUGGGGAGGGCACCUGGUACCCCAUGCUGCCGCCCAAGAGGAUGCCUGGAAGAGGACCCUGGAAUUUAUGGAACGCCAUCUAAGGGGAAAGGAAGACAAAUAGCCUUUUGGCCACAUUGGGAUAGAACGGUCCAUCUCACAUGCAUCACUCCUCAAUGCAAGACUCAAAACUCACCCAACUGUCCAAAUUCAAGUGGACUCAAUGUUUUCUUUCACUAUUUUCACGAUACAGAUUUUUAUGUAAGCGUCUAUGUAUUGUUGUCAUUGAUUUGUUUGAUUUUUAUAAACACAACUAUUAUACCAUAAUAAAAUCAAUGUAAUGUAAACAAA